GGGUUAAAAACAUAUAUAUGUUUUCUUUCUAGCUACAUAGGAAGGAUUGAGGGGAGUGAUCGGGGGGAGGGUUAAAAACAUAUUUUUCCUUUAUAGAGAGAUAUUGGGAGAGAGUGGUGCUGGGGAGAGGUGUAAAGUAAAGGCAUAAUAAGUAAAGGUAUAUUGGGGAAACUCACAGCCAUUGGGGUGCAUGGUGUAGAAAUAGGGGGCUCCUUGAUCCAAAGGGGAAGGGCUUUGAAUAAGGCAGGAAAGGGUCCCAGUUUGUAAGUUUUGGGAGAUGUCUAGGAGAACAGUCUUGGGAGUCAUUGCCAAAAGGAGGGGGGAGUUCUGAUUGCAAAUUAUUGGGGUCCUUGAUGUGGGGUCCCUAAUUUGGGGAUCUCUUGGUGUGGGGCACACAGGUGGGGUUGCCAUCGGCAGAGCAAGAGGGGGCCAAAGGUUGGGGUGUCAAGCCAAAGACCCAGCCUUUUUGUGGGUGCGGGUGGUGGGAUCUUAGGAGAACAUACAGAGGGGGGGGUUGAUAGUUAAUCAGUAAGGUGAAAGCAGGGGCAAAGCCAGUCAGAGAAGGGGUGACAGGAUAAAGUCCAGUUUGGAAACAGGAAAAAGAAAAAAGGAAGCAUCUAGUGAUAGUGUUGAGCCGGAGGAAGAGGCGGUGGUUCUGAGCACCCAGAGGCUCCCUGCAAGAAGAAGCUGCUCGCCAUCACGGAGAUGGUGAUCGGUUUGCAAUGGCUUUGAGGGGUCUGUGGCUCAUCAGCCACGAGCAAGGGGGCCAAGACACCGUGCUGUUCUCCAGACGUUACCCCACUGUCGAAAAGCGAGCAAAAAUUUUCAACGGAUCAAGUUAUGUGCCCAUGCCGGAAGACGGUCCUUUCCUCAAAGCGCUGCUUUUUGAACUGAAGCUGACGGAUGGGGACCAACAUUUCAUAGAACGCAGAGACGGCUGUUCUCGGAUCAAUAAGACAUCCGUCUGUGCCCUGCAGGUGGAUGGAGGAGGAGGAGAAGACCUCUGGCCUGUGGUGGCUUUCCAAAUGAGCAGCUUGAUUUACGCCAGCGUGCCGCUGGUUGAGCAAACUGUAACGCCCCGCCCACCUCUCUUCAGUAUCAGCGGGAUCUCUCAGGCCUUGGGCCUCUUGGCCGGGAUGAUGGGUUUCAUGAGCUGCGGUCAGAAGAGCGAAGCAGAGAGGAACACCAAGAUUGGCCAGCUUCCAAGUCUGCUCAUGCAGGCCUGUCCGCUCGGCACCCCGCUAGACACAAACUUGAACAGCUCAUUGUGGGGAAACCAUCCUGGGGCUCCCAGUAGUCACCCUCAGAAACCGCCCGCCUGGAGGAGCUGCACUUAUAAAGGAAAACCUCAAGUGAAUGUUUGUAUCACCGAAAAAGUCAGAUCUGUGCAAUAUGACAAAAGGGACGUGGUGGACAUGUGGCAGGUUUAUGGAACUGUAACUUGCAAGUGUGACAUCGAAGGGACGGCUCCCAAUGUGACUAUUGGCCUCAACCUGCCUGCCAACGGCUCUCCGCUCCAGGAUGUUUUGGUUCACCCUUGCGUGACGUCCCUCGACUCGGCCAUUUUCACCUCCAGCAGCGUCGAUAUAACAGACGACUUGGCUUUCAGCGGACCUUACAAAUUCCCUUUAAUCCCUCCUCCGGACCUUUUCAGCCUCUGCUUUUAUACGUCUCAGGUGCCUGUCCCACCCAUUUUGGGGUUUUACCAGCUGAAAGAAGAAGAAACGCAGUGGAAGUUCUCCGUUCAUCUGAAACUUCACGAGAGUGUGAAAAACACUUUCGAGUACUGUGAAGCCCGUGUUCCUUUUUUCAACCAGGGUCCCAUUGCACACCUGGAAUAUAAAGUCAGCCACGGACAACUUGAGGUUUUGAAAGAGAAGAGCUUGCUGGUUUGGGUCAUAGGGCAAAAAUUUCCCAAAUCCCUGGAAAUUUUCCUUACUGGGAGCAUCGCUUUUGGUCCUGUGUGCCAGGGGCAGCCAGUGGAUCCGGUGUGUGCUGGGACCACCGCCUACGUCAAACUUUACUUUAGAAUCCUGGACUUCACCCUGACUGGCUGUUAUACAGAUCAGCAUUCGAUCCAGGUCUUUUCUUUAGGAAAGCCGAAGAUCAGCACAGCUCGAGAACUGCUUUCUUCAGAUUACUACAUUUGGAAUUCCAAAGCUCCUGCACCUGUUGUAUACAGAACUUUACUUUUCUAAUUCCCCUUCAUUUUCUACUUCCAAUGGGAAAAAAAAUAAAUUUGCUGAAAUAUUUGAA